AUGGCCCGACUUGACCAAAUCACUGAGGCAUCUCAAGUUAUACUGGAGAAGAGAGCGGAGAACUAUUGGAAGACUAGGACAUCAUCGAAAGAAAAGCACUCUUGCAACGCUAUCUUCGUUUUAAAAAGGAUUGCUACCUUAACUACAUCCAUCGAGUUAAACAUUGCUGGUCGUUGUAGUGCAUCUCAAGUACAAAUUGAUCACUGGGAGCUAGAGCACCUCUCUUGCGAGAUAAGAGCGGUCAACAUGGAGCGCAACAACAAUUUCUAA